CUAAAAUGGACAGUAGAAAAUAGAAACUUGCGGUUAAUGUUUGCUAUAAAAUGCAGCACAUCUAAGCAAGUGAUUACAGUGUCCAAAAUGAAGCUGGGACUGUUCAUCUUUCCAAUUCUUGUCUUCUUCAUCUCCGUCUUCGCAGUCGGAGCUUCUCCGGCCGCAGAUGAUGAAGCGCAAAUGUUGGCCGAGAUGAUGGAACAAUUGUCUCAGGAUAAGGCUCCUGCAAGAUACGAGCGAUCUAGAGGGUGGGGCAGACGUGGAGGAAGAGGAGGAGGAAGAUUAUGGCGAAAAAAUAUACAAAAAUGGAAGAGAUUCAGGCCGUGGUGGCUACGUGGAUGAGAAAAUGGAGAUGACCUGAAAAAGUUCCUUGGAACACACCAUUCCUUUCUACUAAGGGAAGUUGGGAAAAAAUUCAAGACUUGAUACGCCGUAAUUAUUCUCACAAAAUUAAUAAUUUCAAAUUAUUCCAACUGUUUUUGUUCUGGAUAGUUUCAGGUCGUUUGUUUAGAAUGAAUUAUUCUCACAAAAUUGAUUAUUUCAAAUUCUCCCAACUGUUUUUGUUCUAGAUAGUUUCAGGUCGUUUGUUUAGAAUGAAUUAUUCGUACAAAAUUGUUAUCAAUAAUAGUUAUAUUAAAGAAGCAUAUUGAAGAAAAUAAAU